GACGUUGAUUCGCAUUUGCAUCAGCCAGGUUCAACUACCUGUCAGUUCGUAGAUAAUUUCCCCAAAGGAAAAGUCAAUAAAAAAAUACAAUUUUAAACUGAUAAAAAUAAAUACACAUUAUUAAAAUGGGUCGAAUCUUUUGCGCUGUGGUCUUAAUUUCAAUUUCGGGCCUAAGUCUGGCAGCAGAUAUUGGAGCUGAAUUGCCUCCAGUAGAAUUCAAGCCAGUCCGAGAAUUGCCUAACGAUAUACCGACCUGUCGGGAGGGCGACAUCAACAUCAGCGAGUGCAUCAAGCAGGGCCUCCAGCAGAUAACGCCACGCAUGAAGUACGGCAUCAGCGAGCUGAACAUCCCGCCCCUCGAUCCCUUCGAGAUGGGCAAGAGCUCCUAUAGCUACAAUUCUGGCCUACUCCAGGGACGCAUCUCCAUGAAGAACGUGGUCGUCCACGGCCUCAGCGAGGGCAUCGUGGACAAGGUCGACUUCCGGCUGAAGAACGGUCGUGUCCGCAUGGAGAUCCUCUCGCAUGUCCCACAAAUGUUCGUCGAGGGCUUAUACAAGGCCGACAUCAAGCUCAACGACCUCAAACUCAACCCAAAGGGAAGCUUUAACAUUACAAUGACUGAUGUCACGAUGAGGGCGAGACCCAUUGGCGAGCUAUAUGAGCGUGAUGGUCACACCUAUCUGCGUUUGACUAAACUGGAGACUGAGCCCAAGGUGGGUGACCUGAAAUUCUACGCCAACGGACUGGUUCCCGAUCCGGUGCUAAACGAUGUCAUCUUGGAUUUCGUCAACCAGUACUGGCGUCAGCUUUAUCAGGCCAUGCUCCCCGAGACUUUGGCCACCUGGCAGCCCCUGAUCUUGAAGUCCACGAAUGACUUCUUCGCUGCGUUACCAUUCGAUAUGCUUGUCACCAAGAAUUGAGAUCCCUGACUUUAAUAUUGUUAUAUUAUUUAUAUCCUCCGGAUCCAUCUGUUUUACUCAAGGUGUUAACAUAGUUUGUACCAAAAUAAAGAUUAAAUUACUUAAA